AUGUUCGUCCGCUCAUUCGUUCAUUAUGUCCUGGCAGCGGUUCUGUACACCCACGCGAACGUCGCCAGUGCAGCAGGAGAAUUGAUUCCAAAGACAGAUUCAUCAAACCUGGAUGACUUUAUCUCCUCAGAGUACUUGGUUGCGUUGAAGGGUGUCCUUGCGAAUAUCGGCCCAGACGGUGCGCUGGUUGAUGGAGCGGAUUCUGGCAUUGUCGUCGCCAGUCCGUCCAAGGCAGAACCGGAUUACUGUAUACCUGGACCAGAGAUGCAGCGUUGA